GCCGGUGACGCUGCGUGUCCCUGUGUCCGUAGCGCGUCGCUCGCCGGGUAUUAAUACCUCCGCGGAAAGAAGAAGAUCACCAGUUCACCACACAACCAAAUCCGCUCGAUCUCGUAGUCAUCUCCCUGCUCACCGCAGCCAACAAUUGACCACUCGAAGCUCGAGCUUAGCUGAUCUCUAAUUACCUCGGCGAUGUCGAGCGGGAAGCAGAAGAUGCGCAAGGGCCAGGUGCCGGCAUCUCUGGCCGCCGGGGCCGGGGCCGGAGAAGACGCGGAGAUGAAGAAGCUCUUCUCCCGGUUCGACGCGGACGGGGACGGCCGGAUCUCGCCGUCGGAGCUGGCGGCCGUGUCGCGCGCCAUCGCGCCGCCGCCCAGCGAGUCGGCGGGGGGCCGCGAGGUUGCCUCCAUGAUGGACCAGCUCGACGCCGACCGCGACGGCUUCGUCGACCUCGGCGAGUUCGCCGCCUUCCACUCCCACACGGACGGCAGGGAGGAAGAGGAAGAACGCGAGCUGCGCGACGCCUUCGCCGUCUACGACAUCGACGGCGACGGCCGCAUCUCCGUCGCCGAGCUCGCCAAGGUGCUCGCCCGGAUCGGCGAAGGCUGCAGCACCGAGGAGUGCCAGCGGAUGAUCGCCUCCGUGGACGUGGACGGCGAUGGCUGCGUCGGGUUCGAGGAGUUCAAGAAGAUGAUGUCCCGCGACGCCGGGGCCGCCCAUGCCGAUGCCGACGCCGGCGUCCCUGACAAGCCCAAGAAAGAGUGAUGCUGAUGCGUUGCUUGCAUGACAGUCAGAAUCUGUGCAGUGUACUAGUAGCAUUGUUUGGCCGGACAAUAAUGGAAAGGGGAAUUAAGAACUAGGUGUAAAAUCAGUAGCGUUCGUUGUGUUUGUAGUGCGAAUAUGUGUGCACUGUUGAUCUGCUGAUGUAAGUGUUGCACGAUUCGAACCUGCUUCGUCAAGAUCUAAGCCAGCUUGAUUUUACUCUGUUUCUAAGUUUGAAGGGAGCUUGGCUUUUCCUAUGACAUUCACUGCUUGACACUUUGAGCGGCUGUUUGUAUCUUCAGAAAACAAACCGUAAUGAACUGCAGAAACGACUGUCGUUUUA